CUUAACCCAGACCAACAGAACGGAAAAGUAGAAAGUGGCUCAUCGGGACAACUCUAUUCGGCAAUCGAGGGGGUGUUUGGCACCGCCGUCAAUCGUUGAUGAGCGGCGGUAGCCACAAAAUAAUAAAAACUAUGAACAGGUGCCACUCGGGCGCGAAACUUUCCUCGGAAUACGGUCGUAAAAAAUGGAAUGCAACAAGUUUCCGGACAUGCACCACGCAAAGCGCACUGAAACUUCCCGAGAAUUGAGUUCACCGAAAGUCAGUCAUUUAUUGUUGGGGGACUGCCCGUUGGUCGGUGUGGCAGUUCAGGAUGCGGAAGUGCAAUCGAACCAACAAAGCUGCAGUCUCCGUUGGAUACCGUGUGGCGGAAUGUGUGCCACGGUUGGAUGUGAGCUGCAGCCGUCCGAACUGCAGUUCAGUAGGUUAGGCUUGCCAGUGAUGAUCGGACGGAGCAGAUCUGUGGAUAUCAGAACGAGAGCAGAUGAAGUGUUCCGACGAUGCGUGGUCUAUUUGUCGGUUGUGGCGUUGGCAUUGACGGGACUUGGAUAUGACCCGCACGUUCGAAGUGGCGAACGAAAGGCAGCAGAGGAAGCCGGAGAAGAAAUGGAAAGUGAAGGGUUUUACACAGGAGUAGAGGAAGAAGAUGCGGAAGAAGAGGAUGAUUUGGAGAUCAAUUGGUAUCCGAAUAUUUAUGUGGCAAGAAUUUUGGGCCCAGCUUUGAUUUGCGGAUUGAUCUAUUUAUUAGAAGAAGCCAAUCUCGUUCGAAGGAUCUACGGCCUUGGCCAUGUUAUAGUUUGCGUUGUGUAUCAGCUGCUUUCCGUUCCGAAGGACGUCGAUAUUUUCUUGUCGGUAUGUGGAUUUGGUUCUGAACUGUUCUUCGCAGGAAAAAUGCUGCUCUACUUCUAUCAAAUCGUUAUCUACAGUACAGCAAGUGGAAGAGGCUCCUUCAUCAUAUACGGAGUUAUAGCACAGUGUUUUGGAGCAGCCGUACUACCUUGGAUCAUUACAGAGUUUGAAGAGAUUUGGGAGCAUUCCUUGAGCUUCUUUGACUUAGUAAUAGCGAUGGUGCAGUUUUUCCUGUUCUAUCCUUGCGAUUUCUGGGCAGAUGCUUUGAACCCAUCGUUUGUGGACAGCAGCAAGUUCAAGUCCAGGAAGUUACUGACAAUUGCCAACCUCGGAGUUGUAGUUCUUUCUUCCAUCAGCAACGUUACUCUUCAAUGGUUUAUCAACAACAACGAAACGUUACUUCGUCCAUUGCUACCAUUUUUCAUUGGAGAUGAAGCCUGGGACAUCUUUUGGAACAUUGUAUUCAACGGCAUCUCAUUUACGUUCCUGGGAUUCUUCUGCAUAUUUUUAACCACACAUCAGCUAGUGAUAGCAUCAUUUUUCAUAACUUUCGUUACUGGUGUGGCAUAUCUGUAUCUGGAGGAAGACAUCGGAGCUCGUUUGACCAUUCCAAUGACGGCCUUCUCGUUCGCUGUAGCCCUGGUGCAAUUGCUGUCGAUGUGCCCACCCAGAAAACUACUGCUGUUGAUGGGAACCACGUUUACGAUCUUGAACCUGGCCUCGUACGGAUACUUUGGACUGCUGACCCUGUUCUGGAGCUCGCCCGACAUUGUGAUGAUCGUUGUUUGGGCUGCAAAUGGAUUUUUCGCGUUGAUUUUGUUGGUGUUAAGUCGAGAACUUGGAAGAGAGAAAGAGGAGGGCAUUUCGCUUGAUCGGAACGACAGCUUCAGAACAGUUGUUACGACGAUUACGUGAAAUAUAGUGAUUCAGUGGAUAUUGUUGUAAUGUAGAAUAGGUAUAAGAAAAAAAUAAACGUCCGUUAUAUAUUGAUUUUAUGU